AUGGCCACGUUACUUUGGGCGCAUACUGAGCAUUGUAUUCUGUCACCUCUGUUGCACUUUACCCAGCUUGCAGCGUUGAAGGUGGUUCCGCUUUCGCUCAUUGAAGAAAGAUGGAAGGAUUUAUCACUACCGAUUGAGCGAUUUCAAGAGCUGUGUCGCAUUGGAAACUUCGUUGGAUCAUGUGAAUGGAAGCACUUUUUGGCCUUGGCUGCAUCUGAUCUAUGCGGGACUUUGGCAGAAACGCUCAAAUUGAUAUGUGAACUACUGACGGUGGACCCGGAAGGUGGAGCAGCACGAAUUCCGUUUGACCUCUGGCUGGAGUUUUAUCGCUAUUUAGGACGGCUGGAUGAUAUUCCUGAAAAUCACAUCAAUCACGUUGUCGCCUAUCUGACUUUCGAUAUCGCCACUCAGGACAAGAUGAUUAUGCCACGGAACUUCACGCAUCGCGAAUGCCCAAAGCUAAAUCCAAGAGAGUGAAAAUUACGCGUUAUUGGCUUUCCUACUUGAUCAGUAGACGUCCUCCACUGUCAUCGUAAACUCUCGGAAGUUCCUGGGAUCACCAUCCGUAUGCUCUGACACUUCGUGUGGUCAAGCUGACCAUUACGAUCGCCUUAAAAAGUGUAUUCUAACUACUCAUACGUCUUGUCUGCUAGUUGAAACUGGGCGUAAAGGGUCACCGGUUCAAUUGCGUGCUCCGUUUUUUGACUAUCCCCAUCGACAUUUAUCAGCCAACGCAUCUAAAAUUCUUUUAUUACCCUCUGCUCAGUAAUUUCCGCUUCAGUCGUGUCCGCGGCAUACCGUAUUGACCUCCGUUCACUACUUAGUAUGGCUUGACCAAUUCGUUCAUGUUGUCUCACAGUUUGCUUAGCGGUGCUAUUCUGGCUGUUUGAUUUCUUUUUACACUAUAGAUGGCUCUUGGGUGUUGUAUCGACCGGGUGAAGCAGGAUUAUUCCUAUAUGCACUUACUAUCAAGGGAAUUAACCGUCCUCUAACCGAAAGAUUCCUAUUGAGCAAACUCGUAUUCCUUGAGUCAUGGGUACUUUCUAAUUCUCCUAGGAUUGGCUCCGGAUUCUAUGAAACCACUGCUGAAUAGACAAACGCGCUUCAUGUUAUUUAGAUUGUCAACUUG